CUUCGUCUUGCCCGCUUUCGCAUUCUCAGCGAGUUCACUUAAAGUUUGGAUCACCUCCGCCGGCGAGCAGUUUCAGUUUUACCUUUAAUGCGAGCACAACAACUAUGAAGCUCUACGCCCUGUUCUCCCUCCUGGUGGGAUCUUUGGCCAUUGGCCAGAUCUCCGCCGCCGGAUCCCAUCACCUACUUUGUUACUACGACGGCAGCAGUUUUGUACGCGAGGGCCUCUCCAAGCUGAUCCUGAGCGAGCUGGAGCCCGCCCUGCAGUACUGCACCCACCUGGUCUACGGAUACGCCGGCAUUAAUCCCUCGAGCAACAAGCUGGUCAGCAACAAUGAGAAGCUGGAUCUGGAUCUGGGCAGCGGCCUGUUCCGCCAGGUGACGGGACUGAAGCGCAAGUACCCAGCCCUCAAGGUCCUGCUCAGCGUGGGCGGCGACAAGGACACCGUGGACCCCGAGAACAACAAGUACCUGACCCUGCUGGAGAGCAGCAAUGCCAGGAUACCGUUCAUCAACAGCGCCCACUCGCUGGUGAAGACCUACGGCUUCGAUGGCCUCGAUCUCGGCUGGCAGUUCCCCAAGAACAAGCCGAAGAAGGUCCACGGCAGCAUUGGCAAGUUCUGGAAGGGAUUCAAGAAGAUCUUCAGCGGUGACCACGUCGUCGACGAGAAGGCCGAGGAGCACAAGGAGGCCUUCACUGCCCUGGUUCGCGAGCUGAAGAACGCCUUCCGUCCCGAUGGCUACAUCCUGGGCCUCAGUGUCCUGCCCAACGUGAACUCUUCGCUGUUCUUCGAUGUCCCGGCCAUCAUCAACAAUCUGGACUACGUGAACCUGCACGCCUACGACUUCCAGACCGCCGAGCGCAACAACGAGGUGGCCGACUUCCCGGCACCGAUCUACGAGCUGAACGAGCGCAAUCCGGAGUUCAAUGUGAACUACCAGGUGAAGUACUGGACCGGAAACCGUGCUCCGUCCGCCAAGAUCAACGUGGGCAUUGCCACCUACGGGCGUGCCUGGAAGUUGACCAAGGAUUCGGGACUGACUGGACUGCCACCGGUCGCCGAGGCCGACGGUGUGGCUCCAGCCGGCACCCAGACCCAGAUACCCGGACUGCUCAGCUGGCCAGAGGUGUGCGCCAAGCUCCCGAAUCCCGCCAACCAGCAUCUGAAGGGCGCCGAUGGUCCGCUGCGCAAGGUGGGCGAUCCGACCAAGCGCUUUGGCAGCUAUGCCUACCGCUCCGCCGACGACAGCGGUGAGAAUGGCGUCUGGGUGGGCUACGAGGAUCCCGAUACGGCGGCCAUCAAGGCGGAGUAUGUGAAGCGCGAAGGACUCGGCGGCAUCGCCGUUGUCGACCUGAGCUUCGACGACUUCCGCGGCGGCUGCACUGGCCACGACAAGUUCCCCAUUCUGCGCCAGGUGAAGAGCAAGUUGUAGAGCUCCUCAUCCACCUGCAGCAAACGUGUUUAUUUGCACCACCGUUUUUUUUGUAUGUAAUUGACUCAGCUCAAACCUGUGUAAACGCGAAAUUAAAUUAAUGUAACAUUGACACCAAAAAA